AUGGGGCCUAUCAGCCAGGUCUUGGAGAUGGUGCCCGGCUUCUCCGCGAUGAAGGGCAAGGUGUCCAUGGACGAGCUUGACGGCAGCCAUCUAGUCAGGACCGAGGCGAUUAUACGCUCCAUGACAGCGGAGGAGCGCCGCCGCCCGGAUAUUAUUGGCGGGAGCCGCAGGCGGCGUAUCGCGCGGGGCAGUGGGACCACGCCGCAGGAUGUCAAUCAGCUUCUGAACCAGUUCAGCCAGAUGCAGAAGAUGAUGCGCCAGAUGAUGGGCGUGUCCACCGGCAAGCAGGGCAAGGGUGGCAAGCGGCAGAGCAAGAAGAUGCGGCGCAUGAUGCGGCAGCAAGAGAAUAUCUUCAACUCUGCCGAAUGUGUGGGGACGGCAAUGUUCAAGAUGCCGUUCUCAUUGCCCAGAGCGAGCAUCUAUGGCACCGGUGUGCGGCUUUCUGGAGUGGGCGUGUUCAUAACCGGGAUAUCCGUGCGUGGGCGGCCGCUGCUGGUGCUGUUCUUCCUAUCGCAGGGUUGGGGGCGCCAGCACUCGCGCAUCGAUGGCGCUGUACUCAUAUUCAUGGGGACAGCGGUGAUAGUGAGCUACGGGCUGAACGACCUGUACACGCCUGCCAGAAGCACGCUGCUAAUCGCCUCAAUUGUGCCCGCCACUCUCGCGGCGCUGCUCGGUGAUCGCAUCGCGAAGAGCCUGACACGAUGUCGUGUGGCGGCGCGCCGUCGUCGGACUGGUGCUGGCAUCCAGCGCGUUUGCCCUUGCGACGAAGGUGGUCAAUGUGGUGUCCGCGUAGCUAACUAG